GAGACUUUGCAUCAUGCAGGUGUUCUGCACAGAGACAUAUCGAUUAACAACCUCAUGAUUAACGAAGAUGAAAACAACCUAUCCUGGCCAUCAUUUCUCAUCGAUCUUGACCUCGCCAUCAGGGAAGACCGAGAUCGUGCUUCCGGGGCAAAGGGCAAGACUGGCACCAGGGCAUUCAUGUCAAUUGGGGCGCUUCUCGGCGAGCAACAUACCUUUAUGCAUGAUCUCGAGUCAUUCUUUUGGGUCUUGUUUUGGAUAUGCAUUCACUAUGAGAGGGAUGGCAGAGAUGUUGGCACAACUGUUUUUGAUACUUGGAAUUUCGAGGGUGACGAUCAAUUGGCUGGGAUAAAAAAAGGUGUCAUUGAUGAUGAGGAAGACUUUCUGAAGAAAGCGGACAAGCACUUUACGCCGUACUAUCAGCCCAUAGUUCCCUGGGUCAACCGGCUGCGAAGGGAAGUCUUCCCAAACAGCCAAAGAUGGAAACGACCUGAGCCUGGCCUCUGUGCUUCGAUGAAACGCAUUCUUCAUGAUGCACAAAUGGACCCCGAUGUACUAGCAGAUUCAUAAUAUGAGACACUCACAACAGAGUUCUUCUUACCG